AUGGACAGCGAGCCGUCACGCAAGAGGAAGAGACCGGAUGAAGGUGGUGACCACAUCAGUCCGCGAGCCACAACUGCGCCAUCUUCGCCACCAACAAGGCCAAGCGAGAAAAAGAGACACAAGGCCCUUGCCGCAAGCGACCUGCUGCCUUUGGGGGGGAGGGAUGGUCAGGUGGAUGGGUUGGCCACGCUGCCGCCGGAGCUGCUGUGUGCCGUGUGCACUCUGCUGGCGCCGGGUGACGUGCUGGCGCUGGGGUUGACGUGCCGCAGCCUGACGUUUGUACUCGGCGAGGACGUCGCGGUGUGGCGCCCUCUGCUCCUUCACCGAUGGGCGCUCGAAGGCAAAGUGAAGCGAAGGGAACCAGACCCGGCAAGGGAGUCGUGGAAGGACCUCUACCGGCGUGCAGCCUGCAGCGAGAUGCUCUUCGUCUACGGCCGAGCGCACGGCACCCAGGCCACCUUUCGCGACAAGAUCAUCGGCCGGUUCGCCUUCGUGGGCAACCGAGGGCUCAUCGCCGUGCUCGACCAACAGCUCGCAGUACUCAUGAUGAUGGUGAUCACGAAGAUAAUGAAGAUGGUGGUGAUGGUGAUGAUGACUGCGUCACACCAUCAUCCAUUAGUGUGGGACUUGCACUCCGGCGACGAGGCGCGGGUGCUCGACAUACGCCAGAGCGAUUGGCAGAGCGUGCGCGAAUGGUCGGCUCCCGGCGGCUACACGAUCGAGACCGAGCAGCACGUACCGGUUGUGGGCAACGGGAUCACCUGCCUGUCCGGCUGGCUAUCGACCUGGUCCGCCUUCGACGGUGCCUUCAUGGGCUCCGUGCAGUCAGAAUCGGGACUCCCGGUGGACGUCGUUCGAUUCAGUGGGGGACGGUACAUGGCCAGUCUUCAUAGUAACGUAGUGAGCGUGUGGGAGCCCUACAGCCUGAAGCUCGUUUCCACCUUCCAAGUUGGCACGCUCUCGGAUGGACCCUGGGACGUGGCCCUGCACGACAGCUUCCUCGCGGUGAGCAGCCUCAACCUCGUCAAUGUGUACGACCUCAGAGAGGGCGAUUGGUCAAGCCCCGUGUGGACGCUGCCCGCGUCCGAAGCCGAGCAACGAGAAUCGGAAGUGGCCUACCUCGCCGUACACCUUCAGGGUCGCUUCAUGGUGGUGGUGCAGCGGGCGGAGAGGCGCAACUCGGUGGUGAUCUACGACGUGGUGCGGCGACGGCGCGUGCGCACGAUCCCGGCCAAACAGACGCCCCACAAGCUGGCCACCUACAAGCGAGGCAUCGCGUGGUCCGACUUCAUGUCGCGCUCCCUCGAAUUCUGGCACUUCACCUCUGGCGACAAAUGCGACGCAACCGACCAACACACCGACACUCCUUCGCCACAAGCCCACAGCGCUGCUGACGUCACGCGAUAG